UACAACUAACCGAGGAGGUUGUCAUCGUGGUUCUGGUUUUUCUUUAUUGACCUGAUAACUAGAUGUAGAUAAUUAAACCAAUAAGUCAAAAAUUUCCAUCCUGAAAUAUGAAGCUGUACAAAUUAAUUGUUCACACAAAAGGAUUUUCAGGUGAGAAUCUCAUAAUAAACCCCAAGGAUUUUCCGAACCUGAACAAGGGUGACAUUGUAGAGAUAUACCACCCCGAAGACGAGUUCAGCCGUCUUCUCCUUCAGAUAACGCUGUUCAAAGAAGAUCUUCAAGGCAGAGAUGUUGUCAGUGUUGAGCAAAGCAUUGCAACCACAUUUCAACUUAGAACAUAUGCGGACGUCCACGUGAAUGUUGUAGAUCCUGACUCUGUCAGUCUUGAUUCAGUCGAGAUUAUUUUUAAAGAUCAAUACCUCGGGCGCAGUGAAAUGUGGAGGCUGAAAAAUUCCUUGGUUAAUACAUGUGUCUAUUUAACAAAGAAAAUUGAAUUUUGUGGUGGAAGCAUUCGGUGUCAGGUGCACGAGAUGUGGUCUUUGGGUGAUCGAGUUGCUUGUGGUGUUAUUACAGAAUCAACCAAAGUUGUAUUCAGGUCGUCAACCAGCAUGGUGUACCUGUUCCUACAAAUGAGCUCAGAAAUGUGGGAUUUCGACAUACACGGCGACCUUUAUUUUGAAAAAGCGGUGAACGGAUUUCUUGCAGAUUUGUUCCAGAAAUGGAAGAAACAUGGUAGUAAUCACGAAGUGACGAUAGUACUCUUUUCAAGAACUUUCUACAAGGCACAAAGCUUGGAUGAAUUCCCACAUUUCAUGAGGGAAUGUCUUCAACAGGAUUAUAAAGGAAGAUUUUAUGAAGACUUUUACAGGGUGGCAAUUCAGAAUGAGAAGUAUGACGACUGGUCGCAUGCUUUAGUUGAACUACGAAAGUUGUUUUCCAAUUACCGAAAAUCAGUCUUGGAGUACAACAAUCGUCCCAACACGAUAAUUCCAAAGGCUGUGAAUUCUACUGCCGCACAAGGAAAUUUCCUAGAAGUUCUUAACAUGUCUCUUAACGUAUUUGAAAAACACUAUUUGGACAGGAGUUUCGAUAGAACAGGGCAGCUCUCAGUUGUCAUUACCCCUGGGGUUGGUGUGUUCGAGGUUGACAGGGAAUUAACAAAUGUCACAAAACAGAGGGUCAUUGAUAACGGUGUGGGCAGUGAUUUAGUCUGCCUUGGUGAACAACCAUUACAUGCUGUUCCUCUGCUAAAAUUCCACAAUAAAGAUUCCCCAAUUGCAACAAAUAACUACAGUAUGCCACAUUGGAUUAACUUAAGUUUUUAUUCAUCAAAUAAGAGAGUCGCAUAUUCAAACUUCAUACCAAGGAUAAAGCUGCCACCGAAAAAGUCAAAACACUCAAUAGCAACGAGUACAAAUCUUAGAACAAAAGCCCUUUAUGAGGAGGAAGAGCCAUUUAAUUCAGUUGUCAAUUAUGACGCGUAUGAUGCUCAAGUUUUCACAGUGCCUUUGGUUCAGACAAAAAAUGUGAAGGCGGUUAAAAAAACGAGUGUUUCUGGUUUGGAAGGGAGUAACAAAUUAAUGGUAAAGCGUAAAAUGUCAGACCCAGACAUCCACUAUGUUAUCGAACCACCGGCUCCUUCUGGGCCUCCUCUUUCUAAAUCCCCAGCAAUUUCUAUUCCUUAUAAACUGGAUGACGACUGUCCUAGGCAUUCCAGCUCUUCUCUGCUACAAUCAGAAAGUCUACUGCGAGGGGAUAAUACGAGCGUGAGUGAAGCGGAUUCUUCACCAUCUAGACUGUUGAUAGGUAGCACUGGGUCUCCUGCUUCUGGCUAUCAGCCCCAGCUCCAUCCGAGCAGCCUUCCUAGGCCUGGAAGGGCUCUGAUUAAUCCAUUCGAUCCUUCACAUAUCACCAUAAAAUUGACUUCGAAUCGAAGACGGUGGACACACAUAUUUCCAAAAGGUCCAACUGGCCAACUGAUCCAACAGCAUCACUACCAGGCGAAAGCACCAAAAAUGCAUAAAGUAGAAAAAUCUUCUGAUGAAAAUUCUCCCACAAAAAUUGUAGUUAGCAAAUCGAAGCCCAGGCACAGCAUCAUGACCUCAUCAUAUCUCCAUGGGAGCCACGCUGUGAACAGGAAAUGCUUAACGCUGCUGUGGGGUGCGACUGGAGAGCAGGAAUGGACACCUGCCCUCACAACAGCGUCAAAAGUGUUAAUAGGUGUUGACUGGAAGUCGUUGACGAUCCCGGCUUGCCUUCCGAUCACGACUGACUACUUCCCUGACGAGGUGUGCAUACAGACGGACUAUCUCUUUUCUGAUUACAGCUUGCUGCCAGAUGACGUCAACGCCGAUUACGCUCAGCAGCGUGUCAUCUACAGGAAGCCUCUUCACACGCAAGAAGUGUUUAAGGAAUUGGUUUCACAGCGAUUGGCCCAGGGAUUUCAAAUAAUUGUUGAAGACAGUGGAGGACACACUCCAGUCAUUGUUGGCAGCAGUGUUGUCGGCUGUAGGCCAUUUGAUUCAAAACCGACUCAAGAGUACAAGCUGAGCAUUGGCAGGAUAUUUCAUCGAAUUGUGCUCAAUGGCUCUGAAAUCAGUGUCACAAGAUAUAGACCUAGGCAUCCUUAUCCACCAUUCAAUUUUCAUUACUGGUAUCGGUUUCAAGCACCAGAUCAUCCGAAUUAUGGAGUUUCAUGGAUAUCCUUCACAACAGAAAAACUAGAAAAUUUUAACUGGAACUUCCUUGAUCAUUAUAUAUGUACAAGAGGCGAUACAGACUUUGCAUUGAUUGAGAGCUUGAAAUAUUGGCGAUUCCGAAUGUAUCUAUUGCCUAUGUGCCCAUCGGUUACUAAGAGGAUUCUUGAUGGAUCGGAACAUUGUGACUUGUACAACCCACUUUCGCCAGAAGAACAGCAGAAUUUGAUGGACAACUUUUUAAAAUUCAUUGAGUUGUGGGUGAAUAAAAUUCGCCGGCCUCAAAACCACAAAAAACAAAGGCUGGAUCUGUCCUGCCUCAACAUGCCAAGUCAUUUGAGCCGGAGACGUUACAGUACUGGCAUCUUAUUCCUCAAGAGCAGUGUGGCAAGUAAUUCUCCGUUCAGGGAACGCCUGGGUAGCAACAGGCUACCUGAAAAGCCACGCCCAAGGUCGGGAUCAAAAGUGCUCGAGAGGGGGAAGGUCUCACCAUCCAUUGACUCUAGUAUCCCGUCAUCGCCUGAUUAUGAUCUUGAAAACGACCCAGACUCGCCACAGGUAGUCUUACUAAAGGAGGGAGCGUCACACAAUGAGAUCCUUGAACAAAUGAAGAACCCCGCUGUUGGCGUCGGUUUUCUCAGCCUCUUCCCAAGCCUACCCAGAUACACCUUUGUCUCAGCUGAUGCAGUAAAUUGGCUCAUCCACCACAUGGAAGGUGUGAACACAACUGAAAAGGCACAAUCUGUAAUGGAAGAGAUACUUAAGGAAAAAUUGAUUUGCCAUGCUUCAGGGGAUUUCUCUCAACAGUUUAUUAUUGGAUUUUACCUGUAUCAUAUUGUAAGAUCUAAAGAAGAGGCUAAAGGAGAAGACACAGAUCCGCUUGGAGAUCUUCAAGGCUUUUCAAAUGAGUGGGUCGAAGUCGAGGCCCGUCAAACUCCUGAACUUUCAUCUAUUCCAACAUUUCUAAGCAAAACUCUGCCUCCUACUUGUUCGCAAGUCAAUCAAAAGGGUCCUAUGUACAAGGAGAGCCAUUUAGAAAUUGAUGUUCAGAACAAAAGCGAUCGAGUAGAAUGGGGCCAUUUGAAAUAUCAAGCAGCCUACCGCCCAGACAUGGCUUAUGAAAUGGUUGUUCAAUGGGCUGCUGCUUCAGGGCCAAUCGUUGCUGAUCUAGUGUUUGGUUGGGCGAGGAAGGCUCAAUCAUGUGGAUUGCAAAUGGUACCAAUACCAGCAGAUCCAUUUGCACUUCCUUACUCAAAAAAAUCAGAUCCACUCAGAGGACCAAUUUUCAUCGCUUUGGACACCGAGAGUCUUAUGGGAACAAAAAGCUAUUUAUUUGAAGAAUUUGAAGAAGAGACGUGGACGCAAAGGCUGGUUUUAUUCCAAGAGACAAUCGCACUUAGUUUUGGUUUUGUGGCGUGUACUGUAGAAAGCUCUCAACACCAGCAUAAUCAGUACAUACAUUUGUCAGGAAAUGUAUUCCUCUUGAUUCCAUCAAUGCACUGUGAGCACAGCACACAGACAGUUUCCCGUAGCCGGCCAGUGCGGCGCUACAACGUAUCAAGUGAAAUCAAUGCAAGCCCCCACCACGAGUACAUAACAAGACACGUUGGUAACCAAACUUGCAAUCAAGACACCAGGGUUGGCUUUCUCUGGUCAUGGAACCACAUGGUGAGCAGGAAGUGGAAACUUGGGACGACCAAUGCUACCUGUGAUGAGUCUUUCCAAAAUAAAUUGCUAAGCGACUUCACAAAAUUUUGUUCAAAUAGAGAUAACAGGUUGAGAAAUCUCUGGAACCUAUGCUGGGAGCAAGCCAAGGAAAAAAACUUUAAAAUAUGAUAUUACAUUAUAUAUAUAUCUUCAUUUGUACAAAUUUUACAUUUUAUAAAUAAUUAUUUUGCCCAUACAGUCUUUAAUUCAAACAAAAGUUUCUGUUUUUGUUAAGAAGACGUUUAAAUGUCUACCUGACCCUUGUCAAUUUUUAUGGGAAGACAAAGUACAUUUAUUCUUAUCAUAUAUACUUUGUGUCAAACAUUUGUGAUCGAGGUGUGGUGUUAAAAAUUAUGCAAAAAGUGCAUUCUUAACAUUUCUCAAUUUGGCUAAUUUUCAGCACCUAAAUUCAGAAAAAGGUACAACUACUUACAUAAAUGGUCACCAAAACAACUAAGCCAACCAACAGAACUCAAAAUACUUUAAUAUUUACCCCAAUGCCUCUAGAUUUAUCAAAUAUAAUUCUGAAAUUCAAAAUU